GGGGUUUAGUGCUUCGAGCGAGGCUUUUCUCCCUCCUUCCGCCGCUGCUCGCGUCUCCUUCCUACUCGAAGGCCUCUCUUCGCCUCCUCCUCCGAUUAAAUCAUGGCGGAGCAGACCGAGAAGGCGUUCCUGAAGCAGCCAAAGGUGUUUCUCUGCUCGAAGAAGGCUGGAAAGGGGAAGAGGCCUGGUAAGGGUGGGAACAGAUUUUGGAAGAGCAUUGGGCUUGGAUUCAAGACUCCCAGAGAAGCCAUUGAAGGAACCUAUAUUGAUAAGAAAUGCCCAUUCACCGGUAAUGUCUCAAUUAGGGGUCGCAUCUUAGCAGGCACAUGCCACAGUGCCAAGAUGAACAGAACCAUAAUUGUACGCCGAAACUACCUUCAUUAUGUAAAGAAGUAUCAAAGGUAUGAGAAGAGGCACUCAAAUAUAGCAGCACACGUAUCACCUUGUUUCCGUGUGAAGGAAGGAGACCAUAUAAUCAUCGGGCAGUGCAGGCCAUUGGCAAAGACUGUGAGAUUCAAUGUGUUGAAAGUCAUUCCAGCCGGCUCAAAAAGUGGAGGCGGCAAGAAGGCUUUUGCUGCACUCUGAGGUGGUCUGAAAUACUGAGUUGUCCAGAUAAAGGCAUUUGUUAUGAGGCUGAGAGCAGAGAAGUUGGAUUUUUGAGUUUCAUUUUUUUGGUACUCUCGUUUACUGAUAUUCUUUUGAGAUUUUGAUUGGAUCGUAGAACUUUGAAUGGUUUAUAUUGUUGCAUUCAAAAUUCUUAGAACUUAUGGGGUAUCUGAACCCCUUUGGGGUUGCUUGCCUUUGUCACAAAAUUUGAUGGUAUUGGUAGUGUUGGCAUCUGUGUAGAAGUAUUUCAAUGUAUCCUAUUUUAACAAAAUCUGUUUAACGUCUGAUUUUAUUUUCCAUCCCCUAAAUUUCACAGGGAUUGGCUUUA